CCGAACCCAAAUUUCGAAAAGAGAGAGAGAGAAUACAAACCGACACCGUAUAAGCAGGGAAGCAAGGGAUAGAGAAAACACCUACACAGAGGAAGAAGAAGAAGGUAUAGCAGAGAAGAAAAUGUCGUGGCAAUCUUACGUCGACGAUCAUCUCAUGUGCGAUAUCGAUGGUCAGGAAGGUCACCGUCUCGCCGCCGCUGCCAUCAUCGGUCACGACGGAAGUGUCUGGGCUCAGAGCGCUUCAUUCCCUCAGUGUAAGCCUGCGGAGAUUACAGAUAUCAUGAAUGAUUUUGCUGAACCAGGCUACCUUGCUCCUACUGGCUUAUUCCUUGCGGGAACAAAAUACAUGGUUAUCCAAGGAGAACCUGGAGCUGUGAUCCGUGGGAAGAAGGGAUCUGGUGGUAUCACUAUAAAGAAGACCAACCAAGCUCUAAUUUUUGGUAUCUAUGAGGAGCCUGUGGCUCCAGGACAGUGCAACAUGAUUGUUGAGAGGUUGGGGGAUUACCUCAUUGAUCAGGGUCUGUAGGUCUGGAUUGCAAUUGUGAUCUAAUUUUUCCACUGAAUGUUAUUUUUGUCUCCCUCCCCCCUCCUCCCUCCUCCCUCCUCCCUCCUCCCUCCUCCCUCCAUCCACCCAUUUUUUUUUAGCUUAUCCUGCCUUCUUUUUCUUUCAUGCAUUAUGGCUUGUUUCUUCUUACUUGAUUAGCCAUGUAUUGGCAUCAGAGUUGUUGUAGACAAUAACCGUGUGAUGACUGAAACUCUAUUUUGGUAUCUUAGGGUUUGUUUAAAUUC